AUGGCUGCACUCUUGCUGAGACAUGUUGGUCGACAUUGCCUCCAAGCCCACUUUAGCCCUCAGCUCUGUAUCAGAAAUGCUGUUCCUUUGGGAAACACAGCCAAACAAGAGAUGGAGCAGUUCUGGAAUAAGAACACAGGUUUAAACCGUCCUGUAUCUCCCCACGUCACUAUCUACAGUUGGUCUCUUCCCAUGGCGAUGGCCAUCUGCCACCGUGACACUGGUACUGCUUUGAGGGCUGAUGUGGGACCUAGGAAAAGGCCUGAAGAUUCCCCAGCUAUACCAGUCUGGAGUGGCUGUCCUGGUUCUUACUGUGUUGUCCUCUGUAGGGCUGGCAGCCAUAUGAAGAAUGGAGGUUCCCAGCAUCAUAUUCCUACACAUUAUUACAUUCACCCAUCUUUCUGUUUGUCACUCUUAUCUCCAGCCUGGGAAAAGUUCUCCUUAUUUGUUUAGAUCCUUUUGCACUUUCAGAUCCCCUUGGAGCAGUAGAGUACCUUGUAGACCAUAAGAGUGGAAAAGGGUCUAGUUUUCCCCUUGUUUCUAAAGAUGGGGUGGCUGCAAAAAUUCCCGUUUUUUGCCCACAACUUGCCUACUCUGGGACUAGAAGCAGUUAUUCUCUUUCCAUAUUGGGCUUUGAUUUGUGCCAAAGGUCA